AUGGAGGAUGACCUGACGCUCCUGGGAGCCACUGGAGUGGAGGACUUGCUCCAGGACGGAGUGCAGGAGACCCUUGAAUCUCUGAGAGUGGCGGGCAUCAAGCGAAGAUUCGCAAUACGGACGGGCAUUACGGUCUGGUGUGGAGGCGGUGCCUCCCUGCUGAUUCUCUUGGACAACCUGAAAGAGGACUUCUACAAGGUCUGCAGGAGAUGCACUGCCGUCGUCUGCUGCAGGAUGUCGCCUAGGCAGAAGGCGGAGACAGUGAGAUUAGUUAAGAAGUCUGAUGAGAGGCCUGUCUGCGCAGCCAUAGGAGACGGCGCCAAUGAUGUUUCGAUGAUCCAAGAAGCGCAUAUUGGCUUCGGAAUCAUGGGCAAAGAGGGGCGCCAGGCCGUCAGGUGCUCGGACUUCGCCUUCGGGAGGUUCCACUUCCUGAAGAAGGUCCUGCUGGUGCAUGGGCACUGGUACUACGUCAGGGUGUCGACUCUGGUUCAGUAUUCCUUCUACAAGAACCUCACCUUUAUCACGCCCCAGGUCUUCUUCGCUAUCUGGAGCGCUUUCUCGACGCAGACCGUCUACGACAGCAUGAUCCUGACGAUGUACAACAUCACCUUCACGUCUCUGCCGAUCUUAGUCUACGGCCUCUUCGACCAGAACAUCCCCGCGGACCUCCUGAUGUCUCGCCCUCAUCUCUACCAGGCGAACGCAGGGAACGCCGCCAUGUCUUGGCCGACGUUCUUCAAGUGGAUCGCCUUCGGACUAUGGCAGUCCUCUGUCAUGUACUUCGGCUGGCCUAAUGCUAUUCUACCUCACGGACAACCCAGUCUGCCUUUCGGACAAACGAUGGAUCUCUAUCUCUUUGGCACUACGCUCGCCAACAUUUGCAUUUACGUCGUCACUAUCAAGUUAGUACUAGUGGCCAACUACUACACCCAAUUCUUCAUCUGGUCUGUGAUACUGACACUGAUCUUCUACGUCGUCCUGUGUCUGUUGUAUGAAGGAUUCAUCAUAGAGGUCCUGGAAAACUACGAGAUCUUCUGGUCCUUCUAUCGGAUGUAUGAGAGUGCGUGGCUCCUGCUGGGCUUCCAUUCCUCCUUGCCGUCGUGUGCUGAUUCCAGAUGUCAUACAAGCUGUCUUCUUGUCGUUCUCGGAUGA